AUGAACACCUUCCUUGCUCUGUGGUCCCUCGUUGCAGUCGCUUCUGCUCAAUACCUGUAUUAUCCAACCAGCUACUACACUCCAUACUACUACUAUUACCCAACGGCUGCUGUUGUAGGAACCGCCGGUGUCACUCAACAAACCCAAAAUGACGGAUCCACUCAAUACGCUCAGCAACAACCACAACAACAGCAACAGUAUGCUCAAUCAGGAACUCAGCAACAACAACAACAAUACUAUCCACAGCAACAGCAAACCCAACAAGGUCAACAACAGCAGACCCUUCAAUACCAACAAGGAGCUCAACAACAACCAGUGCAAUACGAUCAAUCUGGAAAUGCUGUUCACUACGAUCAAUCUAACCAGCAACAGCCACAACAACAUUACACCACCACCAACGUCCAACGUGAUCAAACCGUGCAACAAGGAGCCCAACAGACAGGAACCGUUGCUGCUCAACCAAUGUACUACUACUACACUUCUCCAUACUACUACUAUUACGGAAGAAAGUAG